AUGCUCGUCGUGUGCUCGCCGAAUAACCCCACAGGCGAGGUGCUGGACAAAGAGACCGUCGUUGACGUCGUGCGGUGGGCCCGCGCUAACGGGCUGCACGUCGUGUUUGAUGAGGUUUAUGCAAACAGCGUGCACGCGGAGGGGAAGGAGUUUUGCUCCGUCGCCAGCGCCUUGCAGGGCGACUUGGGCGAUGAUGUCCACGUCGUUUGGUCGUUUUCGAAAGACUUUUGCCUGUCGGGCGCGAGGGUCGGCAUUUUAUAUUCGCAGAACCGCGACCUUAUGCGCAGUGUUGACGCCUUUCUCUCCCCACUGAUGUCCACCUCGACGCCUACCCAGUGGGCACUGCAAGCAAUGAUCGAGGAUCAGCCCUGGCUGGACGACUACUUUGCGGCAAAUCGACGCCGCUUGCGCCAUGCCUAUUCCCGCUGCACAGCACUUUUGGACGACAUGGCCGUCCCGUAUGUCAACGCACACGCCGGCCUCUUCGUCUGGGCCGACUUUCGCAAAUGGAUGUCGGCAGAGUCUGAGGAGUGUGAGAUGCACCUGUGGAGACGUUUUUGCGACGCAAAGGUCUUUCUCACCCCGGCGAGCCAGUGCUUUGGCCAGCGUUACGGAUUCUUUCGCAUUUGCUUUGCGGCUGUCGAUGUGGCGACGUGUCAGGUCGCGUUGAAUCGAAUCAAACAGGCUCUUGUCAUGGCACGUCUUUAG